AGUUAGAAACACGGCAGAGGCAAACAGACAGACAGAGAACAUUUUUUAAUUUUUUUUUUUUUUUUCACGCAUUGUUUCCAAACACAGCGUGUUCCAAUUUAAAGUUGUCAUCCAUAAGACAUGGCUCAUAAACAGAUCUACUAUUCUGAUAAAUAUGCCGACGAGCACUACGAAUACAGGCAUGUUAUGUUGCCAAAGGAACUUGCGAAACAAGUACCAAAAACCCAUCUAAUGUCAGAAGAAGAAUGGAGGCGACUGGGUGUACAGCAGAGUCUUGGAUGGAUUCACUACAUGAUGCACGAGCCAGAACCACACAUUCUUUUAUUCAGAAGACCUCUUCCAAAAAAUUGAGUGACGUUCUGGAAUCCUCAUUUCAAUCUUUUGGGACAUUGUAUAUAAUGUGGUAUUCAGUGAAUACUUGGGAGUGCACAAAUUAAUCAACCCGUGUGCAUGGGCUGUAUUCUUCACAGCAACAGAGCUUGGUUUAAUACAGAGGAGUUUGGCAAUGUGUUCUGUUUGUGUGUGAGGGGAAGAAACUAACCAUUAAAUACACAAAACAUCAGAUGUCAGAUUUGUGUUACCAUGUGUCUUCAAUGGCUUAUUUUGUAAAACUUGUUUAAACAGCUUUAUAUAUAAUUUGUUUUCAAUAAAAUUAUUGUUGCAUGUACAUUCAUGUUUGAUAAUGUACCAUUGCUGAGUGUAUUUAAUGGCAAUGUGUAAAACUAGGUUGUAUAGCUAGAAGAAACAUUUGACUAUCUUACAAAAUAUGUUUAACCACUUCUCCAUUUCUGUCCAUUGUCAUUUUCUUUUCACAGUCAGUUUUCAGGUAAACUGUUACAGCUGUUAAUAGUAACACGGUGCUCGUCGAUUCAAAUUACUUAGGGUAGUACACAGGCUUAAUUGUUUUUUUUCUGUUUUCUUUUUUUACCUUUUGAGAUGUCAGAAGAUACCCCCCACCACACACACUUCCACUCUUAUCCAAUUCUUUGAAUAAUCUAUUACAAUAAAAUACAUUGAUUUAGCCACUUUUUUUUUUUUU